AUGGGUGUAUCCUUUGACUUCUUAAGCCAGAAGACCCUCAGAGAUCAGAUAUUAUUGGAUGGAACAUCCCAGUUACUUUCCUUAAUUUCGAUUGGUUCUACUAGCCUCGCCCUUCAUCCAGAUAGAAUCACAAUUGCUACUGGACAAACAGCUGGACAUGGGAAGUGUGAUGGGAAGGUGCGUCAUGACUUUUUCCUUCCAGUAUUUCACUAUCUUUUGUUUCAAAACACUCAUCAACUACUCUUUCUUUACUGUUCUUCUGUAACAUUUUAA